AUUUCCUGUUUCACUUUGCACAUGCGUUAGGGGUUGGACAGUAAACUGCGGGAAAAAGGAAGAUGCUGUCAAGGAUUCGGGUUGGUGGUAGAUGCCUUCUGUCUCAGUGUACCCGGACAGUGUGGACUGGCAAGGAAACCCUGGAGCAGGAUGACCCACAAAUUAUGGACCUCAUUCGUAAGGAGAAGAAACGGCAAACUGACGGUCUAGAACUUAUUGCAUCAGAGAACUUUGCCAGUCGAGCUGUGAUUGAGGCUCUUGGUUCCUGCUUUACCAAUAAAUAUUCAGAGGGAUACCCAGGGGCCAGGUAUUAUGGAGGAAACGUAUAUGCUGAUGAGGUGGAGAGAUUGUGCCAAUCAAGAGCUCUGGAAACCUUCCGUUUGGACCCAGCCAAGUGGGGAGUGAAUGUCCAGCCAUACUCCGGAAGUCCAGCUAACUUUGCUGCUUUCACCGCUCUGCUGAAUCCACAUGACAGACUGAUGGGUCUGGACUUACCAGACGGGGGACAUUUGACACAUGGAUUUAUGACAGACACAAAGCGAAUCUCUGCAACGUCAAUCUAUUUUGAGAGCAUGCCCUACAGAUUAAAUCCUGAGACAGGGAGGAUUGACUAUGACAAGCUGGAGCAGACAGCUCUCCUGUUCCGGCCCCGGCUGAUCAUAGCGGGGACGACCGCUUACUCCAGACUGCUGGAUUACAAACGAUUCAGAGAGGUAUGUGACAAAACAAAUGCUCACCUGCUGGCUGACAUGUCACACAUCUCAGGAUUGGUUGCUGCUGAUGUUAUUCCCAGUCCCUUUGAGUACUGCGAUGUCGUCACAUCAACCACACAUAAAACUCUCCGAGGACCCAGAGCAGGUAUGAUAUUCUACCGUAAAGGUGUGAAGAAGGUUGAUAAGAAGAGUGGUGCUGAGAUCCUGUAUGACUAUGAGAAACGUGUUAACAACGCCGUGUUCCCUUCUCUUCAGGGGGGACCUCACGAUCACCAGGUGGCAGCUAUAGCAGUCGCUCUCAAACAGGCCCAAUCCCCAGAUUUUAAAGAGUACCAGUCACAGGUGCUGAAGAAUGCUCACGCCAUGUCCGAGGCUCUGGUGAAGCGAGGGUAUAAAGUCGUGUCUGGUGGUACUGAUAACCACUUGGUGCUGGUGGACCUGCGCCCCAAGGGGACAGAUGGAGCGCGAGUGGAACGGGUGCUGGAGUUGUGUGCCAUCACCGUCAACAAGAACACCUGUGCAGGAGAUAAGAGUGCUAUGACCCCCGGGGGCCUCAGAUUAGGUGCCCCAGCUCUGACCUCUAGAGGAUUUAAUGAGGCUGACUUUGACAAGGUUGUUGAGUUCCUGGACAAGGGAGUACAGAUUGGUCUUGAGGCACAGAAAAGUACCAAAACGCUGAAGGAAUUCAAAUCGUACCUGUUAGAGAAUGACACCAUCAAGCAGAAGAUUGCUGGCUUAUGUGAGGAGGUGGAGGGGUUUGCACAGAAGUUCCCCAUGCCUGGCCUGGACGACCGGUAGAAAUGUUGAGAUUCUCCAGCAUGGGCAUCAAUCAUCACUGUAAAGUCCACGUGCACAACUGUCUACAAACAAACUAUACAUUGAUAUGGGCCAGCCUGCCUACUUAACCAAUAUACGACUGUUGUCCCUGUUUAGAGUGCAUAUAUUAUGCAGCUGUACAUGCUAAUGAAGAGGAACGAUUUAAGAUGUUGUUUCACAUAGCUGCAACAUGUAACUGACAAUUGAUUACGCAGUCUAAUGACUUAUUCAUGAUAUUUAUAUUAUUUGUGUGUCACUACUACAUUUAGAGUAGUAUCGUGUGCGCAUUUUUAACUCAUUCUGUUUGUGGCAAAAUUGUGGCAAGUCAGUCGAGUAAACUGCGUGUUUGUGGAAAUUCACAAGAUGAAAGGAUUUUACAACAUUAUCAUGAACAUAUAUUAUUCUUAUUGGGUAGUGAAUUGAUUGAUGUCAUGUGAUAGGUUAUACAGACUUACCAACUCAGGGAACUGAACAAGUCACAGUUGACACAUUGUUUGAAAAUCUACACAUUUACACCCACAAUUGACUGUAGAUCCCUGCGUGGAUUAACUCUAUACUUACUUUUGUCCUAAAGAAAAACUUAGAGGUGUGAAUGUGCAAGAGUUUAAAGAUAUACAUAACUGUAUGUAUUAUGAUUUACAUAAUUGUUUUUAAAUUGUACCUCACCUGUUCACUAAGUGAAUGAUGUUAAAUGAUAACUGUAGAGUCUUAAUUUGGUACUUGUAGAAUUACAUGAAUAUUAGCCGACUUAAAAUGGAAAUGUUUCGAAUCUAAUUUUUCUCAGCAGUAUUGUGAAUAUCAGUUCAUGGUAUGCAAGUCCAUUGC